CACGCCCACGUGUGACAUCGUCUCGCUCGGUCUCGUGACAUCGGUCAGCUGUUAGCAUCCAGACCCAGUCUCGGGUUUUAAAUGUCGUGUUAUUCUGUUCAGUACAAUAGUAAACUGUUCUGAGAUCAUCUCCACGGCCGCUGAGGAUGUUGUCUCGACUGCUGAAGGAGCACCAGGCCAAGCAGAAUGAGCGGAAGGAGCAGCAGGAGAGACGAAGACGUGAAGCCAUUACUGCAGCCACCAGCCUGACAGAGGCCAUGGUGGACCACCUCAACGUCGGGGUUUCCCAGGCAUAUGUAAACCAACGUAAGCUGGACCAUGAGGUGAAGACUCUUCAAGUGCAGGCGAGCCAGUUCUCCAAACAGACUGCUCAGUGGAUCGGUAUGGUGGAGGGCUUCAAUCAGGCCCUUAAGGAAAUUGGUGAUGUGGAGAACUGGGCGCGCAGUAUUGAGAUUGACAUGAGGACCAUUGCCACAGCUCUGGAGUACGUGCACAAGGGUCCGCUUCAGUCUGCUUCCUCAUAAACUACAUGGGAAACACUGGGAUGAUACAGAAAUCCACCUGACCCCUGCCACAGAGAUGCCAGCAGCAGGGACUCUGCUCGUAUGCACUCUCUCUGAUUGGGCUAAUGCUGAGGAUUAGUUUGUGCCGAGCAUCACUGCUUCAGUGGGAGCUACAGUAUAAACCAGGGCAGCAACACAGUGAGGCUGGAGUUCAAAGAUUAGAGAGUAAAAUGAAAUAGAUUUGGAAUCUGUGACAAAUAACAGGAAAUGAAUAAUUGUGUGGAAAACACUUGAACAUUAUGGAAUUGUUAAGGUUUUGCAUGUAACAACUUAGUAUUUUCUUUUAGUAAAAGGUUAAAGGGGCGCUGCAUCGCCAACUGUUUCAUUGUGUGGAGCAUAGACUGUAAAUAAUGAUGGACGACGUGUCUCCACUUCCUCCAAUUGUAAAAAAAAAGGUGGAGCUAAAAUAUCUCAGAUACAUGCUUGUGCUUUUAAAAUCGUUUGGAGCUUGAGUCUCUUCAGUAGAGAUCAUUGAAUGGAUCUCUUGAACAAUCAUGACUCAGUGUCAGCUGUCAAUCAUGACCUUUCACCCUGUUGUUAUAGCAUCAAAUGAAAAAUUUAAAAUCAAGCUUAUUUAAAACAUGAGCACUUGAACAUACAUCAGUGUGUUGAGAACUACUUAACAUGACUGCAUAUGGAGGAGGUUGGGUUUAUUAUCAUGCAUCCGGCCACCAGGGGGCCAUCAAGGGGACUUGGCUACAAUUUGGAGAGCUGACAUUUCGUCCAUAUUUAUAUACAGUCUACAGUCUGUUGUAUCUCCGCAAAGCAUUUAGUAAGAAAGGCCUUGUUGCAUCUCCUGAUACCUAAUGUAUGUCUAUUUUAAUUUAUUUUACAUCGGUGUAUAUUGAUGACUGCUUAACAUUUAGUUACCAUUUGGUGAUCGCACAUUUUAUUUUUAAUAAAAGUUGAGAAAGAU